AUGUCCUAUGGCUCCAAAAAGUGGCAGGAUUGGGUCCUCGACGAAGACGAGGCCCUUCCUCUGAUUGAGCAUGCCUACAAACGCGGCAUCAAUACAUGGGACACGGCCGACACAUACUCCCAUGGCCUCUCGGAAGAGAUCCUCGGCAAGGCUCUGAAAAAGUACUCCAUCCCCCGACACAGAGUCGUCAUCCUAACCAAAUGCUACUUUGGCGUCACCGACGAACCCAACGAUGGCAAACUGCCUCCUAUCUCGGCCUGCAACCGAAACGACGGCGACUGGGUGAACCGCGUGGGACUCUCCCGCAAGCACAUCUUCGAUGCGGUCGAUGCCUCCGUCAAGCGGCUGGGCACGUACAUCGAUGUGCUGCAGAUCCACCGUCUGGAUCGGGAGACCCCCCGCGAGGAAAUCAUGAAGGCUCUCAACGAUGUGGUUGAGAGCGGGAAGGUUCGAUACAUCGGCGCCAGCACGAUGGCCGCUUGGGAAUUCCAAACCCUCCAGAAUAUCGCCGCCCGCAACGGCUGGCACCAGUUCAUCUCCAUGCAGAACUACCACAACCUCCUCGCCCGCGAGGAAGAACGCGAGAUGAUCCCGUACUGCCUCGACUCCGGCGUCGGUCUGAUCCCCUGGUCGCCGAUGGCACGCGGUGUCCUGGCCCGACCUUGGGGCUCCCGCUCCUCCGUCCGUGAGAACACCGACGCGACGCUACAGCUGCUGGUCCGCAGCCGUGAGACCGAAGCUGACAAGGCGAUCGUCGAGCGGGUCGAGGAGAUCGCGAAGAAGAAGAAGAAUAUCUCCAUGGCGCAGGUCGCCAUUGCUUGGGUGUUAAGUCAUCCCAAGGAAAACCCGAUUCUGGGUCUGUCGAGCAAGGAGCGAAUCGACGAGGCGGUUGCCGCUAUCAAGGUGCAGCUGACGCCGGAGGAGAUCAAGUACCUCGAGGAACCUUAUCGCCCCAAGGCGCUUACAGCACUGGAGCGGUGA